AGUGAGUGCUGGUUGAACUCUGCGGUGCAGAGCUGGACUAAACACAGCACCCAUCCACUUGAACACUGUUUUACUGGCAUAAGGACAUAUUUUGGAGUAUCCGGGAUCGGGACGAGAGCCCUCCAACUGUACUCGUCCGUGUCUUUUAUUUAUGCUUUGAAGUCUGGCGAGAGGACGCGCACUCGCGCACUGAGACUUCACUUUCUCCAGUCCCGUGAGUAGACUCUAAAGACUGCAGCAGUCGAGGUCUGCAUGCCCUUAGGAAGCAAAUGUCUUUCGCAGUGCAUUAGUCCAGAAAGUUUUUUUCUGUCUUUGUUUGUUGUUUGAAACAUUUCGAGUGACCCUAUAUGCUCCAGCUCUCAAGUGCGUCGCGUUUGGACACUCGUUCAGAUCACUGCAUGCGCACAGAGGGGGAAGAAAAGCAAAAGUCGGGUUUUGCGACGCUUGUAAACACUUUGCUGAGAAGCAGGGACACGAUGAGCGCCGAUCUCUCCAUGGGGCCCGAGCUGCCCACCAGCCCGCUGGCUUUGGAAUAUGUCAAUGACUUUGAUUUAAUGAAAUUCGAGGUGAAGAAAGAGGCCAUGGCGGGGCUAGACCGCUCCAACAUACGGCAGUGCAAUCGCCUCCAGCCGCAGGGCUCCGUAUCCUCCACCCCGAUCAGCACACCGUGCAGCUCCGUCCCAUCCUCCCCAGGUUUUAGCCCCACGGAACAGAAGAACCACCUGGAGGAGCUGUACUGGAUGCCCAGUGGCGCGUACCCGCAGCAGAUCGACCCUCAGACGUUAAACCUGACCCCUGAAGACGCCGUGGAGGCGCUGAUCGGGGCCCACGGUCACCCUCCGCCCCCUCACGUUCAGCAGCAGCUGCAGGCCGGAGGGUUCGAGGGCUACAGAGGAGCGCAUCACCACCACGGCCACCCUCAACAGCACCACCCGCACCACCACCAAUACGGCGGCAUUCCGCAUCACCCGGACGAGCUGACGGGUCACCCCGGCGCGCACAGCCACCACCCGCACCACCAUCAUCACAGCCAGGAACCCGACUGCCCUUCCCCCACCUCCCCGGGCUCCCACCAGCAGCUCCACCACCGUCAUCAUCACCAUCACCACCUGGGCCAACAGGGUCACCAUGGUGUGGGAGCUGGCAUGAAUGUGGAGGACCGGUUCUCCGAUGACCAGCUGGUGUCCAUGUCGGUACGGGAGCUCAACCGACACCUGCGAGGGUUCACUAAGGACGAGGUGAUCCGUCUGAAGCAGAAGCGCCGGACCCUGAAGAACCGGGGCUACGCGCAGUCCUGCCGCUACAAGCGCGUGCAGCAGAAGCAUGUGCUGGAGAACGAGAAGACGCAGCUCAUCAAUCAGGUGGAGCAGCUCAAGCAAGAGAUCAACCGGCUGGCCCGAGAGAGAGACGCCUACAAACUCAAGUGCGAGAAACUAACCGGAGCGAACGGUUUCCGCGAGGCGGGAUCCACGAGCGACAACCCGUCCUCUCCAGAGUUCUUCAUGUGAGUGUCCUUCUUCUGCCCGAGAGCCGCAUCCGAGUAAUCCACAUUACCUAUUACGAUCAUUAGAAGAAUAAUCCACAAGAAAUAAUAAUCUCAUAUGUAAUCGUCGUGUCAUCAACCUGACCGUGUUAGAAUGUUGUUUGGGGGAAACUGUAGAUUAGUUGCUGCUUGUAGUUCUUUUACCAACACAAGAGAAAGCGAAGAACUGGGUUUUAUAUUUAGGAAAACGUCAGAUCACACCAGAAGAAGAAGAAGAAGAAGAAGAAGAAGAAAACAACAACUAUGUUUGGGCUGAGCUGAGACAGGAACUUUGGACUUUUUCCACUUGGCCAAAAAAAAAAAAAAGAAAAGAAAAGGAAAAAAAGUCAAGAGUUGAGAGCAACACAAUAUGCAAAACCUUUCUUCUUCUCCUGUAUUAACCCUGAGUGUGGCGACAGGGGGAACUUUAUGCAACAUCUCAUUGGUUUAUUGCCUGCUUGGUUAUAUAUAGAUAUAUAUUAAAAAUAAAAAGGAAAAACGACAAAAACAAACACAUAAAUCUGCAUUAAGGUAUUAAUCCUGCAUGCUGGACAUGUAUGGUAAUCAGUUCUAUUUUAUACUCUGCUCUUUCUUUCUGUCUUUCUUUCUGUCUUUCUUUCUUUCUGUUCAUUAUGUAUCAUAAAGAGCAUGUUUUUUAUCUUUAGCUCUUUUUGGGGGGUAUACAGAUGAGACUGGCUCUCCAGUCGCUCAUUAAAUGGGUUCAUUUGGGCUUGUAAAUAUAUGCAACAGCAAACCUACAACCCGACAUCGAAGAGCUGAUCGUUUUCCAACUUUUAUGAUUUGUUUUUCAUUUUGGGAAUGGAUUUCCUGUAAUGGGCAUUUUUGCAGUUGCAUUUCAACUUUGUAAAGCGCACUUUUGGGUAAUGAUUUUGGGUAUUGGUAGUUUUUUUUGUUUGUUUUUGUUUGGGUAGAUUUGGACUGAAAAUGCAGUUUCAGUAAUAAUGGGCGAAUUUAAAGCACGCGUUUCAUUUGAACUGUUGCUAAACAUCUAGUUAUAGCAAGAAACCCAGUUUAGGCUGUUGCAUAAUCUUUUUUUUUUUUUUUUUUUUUUCAAUAAUAGAAGCAAUACUUAAUGGUCGUAUCGUUUCACUUUUUGAUGGAUUGAAUCUCAUCGAAUGGGCACACUUUCAUCAACAUUGUUUUUUAGCGAAACGAGCUGCCAGUUUUAUAAACCGAAACAUUUCAAAGUAUAGUUAUUAUAAUCAAUCCAGCUCGAGGGGGAAGGCUUACUAAAUCAGGGGUUUGUGUAUUAUUGGCUAACAUGAAACUGCGCAUGUAUUUCAAUGUUAAAUGUUUUCCUUUAUUAUUUUUUCUUCUGCCGGUCAGUAAAAAAUAAAGGAUUCAGGUUCUGCGUAUAAUCUCAAACUGAAAAUGAAAUGUCUCAUGUUAUUGUUCUGUUUUUCUUUUUUUUAUUGUUUUUUUUUUAUUAUUAUUAUUAUGUCCAGAUUCUGGUUCUGCUGGCCAGAUGCAUAGUUUUUAUUUUAAUGAUUAAAUUAACAAACUGUCAGAUCAUAUUGAAUAAGCAUGGUGCUUGCAUCUACGAAAUAUUGUUAAAAAGUCAUGCAUUUAACAAUCUUGUUUUUGGUUUAUUACUGAUUCAACUGUGUUGAAAUCAAAUGUAAACUGCAGCAGCGGGUUGUUGUUUUGUUUGUUAAUUUCAUGUAUUAUGAGGGGAUCAAUGUUCAAAUCUGUUUAUAUAAAUGAUAAAAAAGAGUAGAGUUCAAUUCGGACUGUUUCAUUCAGGCUGGUUUCUGUUUCGUUUUUGCUGUUUUUGGAAGAAAUGGUUUCCUAUUUUGCUUAUUAAAGUCAGUGAACUGACAUUGAUUUGGUAGCCGUCAUUUAAUGCGUCAAUUCCUGUGUCUGUCCAAGUUCUGCAACUUUUAGGCUUUUAGGAUCAUGCAUCUAGAGUAUACAGUUAUCAGUUAAUUAUCAAUCUAUCUUAUUAAAAAAAUAUAUAGUAAUAUUUUCAUGGGUUUGUUUAACGCAUUAUUUAA